CGAGCCGGCGGGGUCAAUCCGUGCACGCCCCUCUCGCGAGACGGCGGCGCUGGGGCGGGCGCACGUGCGCGCGCGGUGAGGGAGCGGGACCGGGACCGGGACCCGGCCCGAGGGGCCUCCGGUAACACCGACACCGCCCCCGCCUCCUCCCGCACCGCUCAGACCCGCCUGGCGGCUCCCACACCCGCCCCCUCCCUCUCCUCCGGAGCCGCGGUUCUGCCGCCCCUCACAGGGAUCCCCCCGGUGCCGGUACCUCAGCAUCCUUCCGGCGCUCUCCUUUCCGUCAGCCCCGCCCUGCGAGCCCGCCCCUCCUCAGUGUUCUCGGAUCAGAUUGUGACUCUUCAGGCACUGAUUUACAUGAUCUCUUUCCUUUGCUAAUAUGCGAGAGGCUUGUGACAUGGCCACAGAUGUGGCUGAGCCGGUGGUCCCUGACUGCAGAGGGGACGGCAGGAGUGGUGCCAGGUCAGACGCCGAUUAUCCCCUCCGGGUCCUCUACUGUGGAGUUUGUUCGUUGCCAACAGAGUACUGUGAAUACAUGCCUGAUGUGACUAAAUGUAGACAAUGGUUAGAAAAGAAUUUUCCAGAUGAGUUUGCAAAACUUACAGUAGAAAAUUCACCUAAACAGGAAGCUGGGGUUGGAGAAGGCCAAGGAAAUGUGGGAGCAGGAGAAGAAGAGGAGAAGAAGAAGCAAAAGAGAGGCAAGGUCUAAAUAGUUGAUUGUGGUACUGAUUUAAGAGCAGUUUGGGGCGUCCCUUUCUCACCUGCUGGUCUGGAAUUCCUUGCAUUUCGGUGGUUAGCUCUGCACAGAGGACAGGGAAUAUCUUCCUUCCUCCCUGUGGCAGCAGAGUUAACUCUGUGGUGUGUGCCAAUGGAAAUGUUGGAUGGGAGGGACAGGCAGGGAAAGGUGAGCUGCAUCCUGUGCCCCUUUGUUCCUGUCACCGCUGUCACACUUAGGGAGCAAUUCUUCCCACCCUGAAAUCAGCUGGCAUUUCUCCCAGAAUACUCUGCCCUGUUGAGCAGCAUUUUAUGGGCUGCUUGCAGAGCAGAACAAAGGCUGCUUCCCUCUGUUAAUGCCUCAUGACUCUGCUUUUGCCUUUGUUCCUUCCACCUCUCUGUAAUCACGGAACAGGAUUUGGUUUUACGCUUUUAAAUCUAUUACCUGUGUCACCAUUAGCAGCUGUGUCUCUUCCUAGCUCUAUUAAUGCAAAGCAUUUUCAAAACCCAACUUUGGAAGAUAUAAAGUUAUGUGGAACAAUUUAAACACACUUAUCUUCUAUCCUAGGAGUUCUUUCUGCUGAAUUAAUUAACAUAGUU